UUUUCUAUUGAAAGCAAAUGUGAAAGGGAAAAUAAGAAAUUACUCCAUACAAAAAAAUUCAGAUUUAGAAUAGUUGUAUGUGUCAGACAUUUAACAGUUAAGUGUUGACCUCGCCGGAUUGCACUUAUCGUGGCGAAUAGGAGGAGAGCGCGAGCGGCAGCAGGUGGAGGAGGCAACAUGCUGCACAGAUUGGGCUUCGCGCCUCUGAGACUACAUCGUUUUCUACAGAGAGCAGCUGGCAUCAGGGUGCAACGGUCACUUCAAAGCAGCCCUCUCACAGUUGGUUCUGUUCCACGACGACCAUGUUCUGUUGAGGACUGAAAUAUUUUUUUCUCUCGUAUCGUUAUCUGAAAAUGGCAAAUUGUCGACAAUGUUAAAGUAUUGAAGACAUUGGACGUGUACCUGAUAACUUGUGCAGACAGGGUAGGCUUCGUUUGAAGUAUUUUCCGAAGAGUACAGAAUGCGCGUCCCUCCGCCUUCGGACCACGGAGAGACAUCGGCGGACUGAACUAACCGGUGACUGCUGGAUAAAUGACUGAUCAAAGUCUCUUUGACUUCAGGGGACAGAGCCUGCGGCUGAAUGGGCAAUGAACGUGGCCGGCAAGCACCAACCUGAUAUUAUUGAGCGACCAGCUAGUCUCCUAGUGCCAACAUGGACAAAAUCCGGCCUUGCCCUGGUGUAUAAUGAAGAUAGCGGUAAUACCUACGAUAUCCGUCUAAAGCUGUCGAAAGAGAUGCUCACCAUACAGACACAGGAUGUGGUCUGUGUGCACGGAGGGGACCCCCACUUAAAUCACAGAACUGUUGUACUUCGAAGACAGCCGACUGGAGGUCUCGGACUAAGCAUCAAAGGGGGUGCUGAACACAAAGUGCCUGUGGUCAUUUCAAAGCUUUUUAAAGAUCAAGUAGCAGAUCAGACUGGGAUGCUGUUUAUCGGUGAUGCCGUGUUACAGGUCAAUGGUAUCAACGUUGAAAAAUGCACUCAUGAAGAAGUUGUCCAUCUUCUGCGGACGGCUGGAGAUGACGUCACGCUCACUGUUGGGUACCUCAGGGAGGCACCAGCUUUCUUAAAGCUGCCAUUAGGCUCUCCGGGACCUUCCAGCGAUGACAGCAGCAGAGCGUCCUCUCCUCUCUUUGACAGUGGUUUACAUUUAAAUGGGAAUUCGAGCAACACGGCCCCAUCGUCGCCCUCCUCACCCUCGGCUAAUGAACCAAAGUAUGAGAAGCGCUGGGUGGACGCGGUGUCCGUCCCUCUGGCCAUGGCCCGGGUCUCCAGACACAAAGCCGGAAGCCAUAAAUUAAGAUCGAACAGUUUUGAAGUUUUUGCCUUAGAUGGAUCAUGCACCAAUCUUCUCCAGUUUUGCACAGCAGCAGAAAGCACAGACUGGCUACAAGCAAUAUCAACCAACAGUAACGGUUUGACACAAGAUAAUAUCAAAAUGGCCAACCAGGGCUUCUCUCCUGAUGAUCAGAUCAUCCACAUGGGCUGGGUCUGUGAGCACCUCCAGUCAAGCGAUGCCAACCAGACUCACGGCUACAAGUUCCUUGCUCUCAAAGGAUCCUCUCUCUACAUCCUCAGGAGUCCGCCUGUCAGUGUGACGGAAUGGGCUCAGGCCGAAGCCACCUUUAACCUCUGUGAGGUUCUAUUUAAAGUCCACAAGCUAUGGAUUGCAGACGACUGCUGGAUCCAGGCGAAACUGUAUCUGGGCUUACAGCAGGACUGUGAGCUGCGGGGGGACGGCGAGCCCUUCUGCUUCAGCGUGCUGGUGGGCCACGGCCAGAGCCAUUCCUUCAGCGUGGAGCUGGGCUCUGACCUGGCGCUGUGGGAGAAGGCCUUCCAGAGGGCUGUGUUCGCUGAGGUGCACAGAGUAGGAUCAAAGACGUACAUGUGCAGCAGUCAUGGAAAAAUACUGUGUUUUACCAUUGACUUCGACUCUGGCUUCUCUUGCUCGGAGAGCAUAUCAAAGAAAAUCCUUUGGAGGUACAAGUUCUCCCAGCUAAAAGGCUCUUCUGACGAUGGCAAGACGAGAGUAAAACUCCUCUUCCAAAACUCGGAAAGCAAACAAAUCGAAAUGAAGGAGUUGGAGUUUGCCAACCUGACGGCUGUGCUCCAUUGCAUACAUUCCUUCAUUGCUGCCAAAGUGGCCUCGGUGGACCCUGUCUUCGUCAACAAUCAAAGCAUCACCAGGAAAUACGCGGGCAACAGCUAAAGACCCUAGUCUUUUCAUGUUCAUGUGACAUCCUUUCUCCUAAGUCCAUUGACUAUUUUAUGCACAAAUUCUAUAGAUAUAUUUAGUUCUUGUUAUUUUUAUAUGACUUGUAAAAUAAGAACAAUAUGUGAAAGAAACAAACCUUUUAGGGUAAAGGAUAUUUUGACAUGCAUCGACUAAUAAUUUGGUACUGACAUUUUUCUCUCCAAGUGGUGGUCAUGUAGCAUAGCAGAUAUUGACACAAAUUGGUCAGUAGUUUGUUACUGAAUGCAUGCAUGUGCUGCAUUUACCAAUUAAUGAAAGACACAAAAGCUGUACAUCAAAAUGUGAACAGUGUGGAUGGGUUUCGAGGCAAAUGUAAAGACUUCUUGGAAAAAAACGUGGAAAAUCCCAGUGUACAAAUGGAGGUUCCAUAACUUGUGCAUUUCUCUCAAAUAUCUGAGAGUGGUGUUUUACCGUCUUUACUUUUGUUCAGUGAGAUUCAUGACUUACUUUGACACAUAUUUCAUCAUACCGGAAUGCUGCUUUGUUAAUUCAUCAGUAGGAAAGUGUAAGUGUAUGUCUCUGUGUAUGAGAAAGAGUAUGGAGAAAAUCAGAGUAUGCCCACUUACAUAUUAAUUAGUGCUGUCAAUCGAUUAAAAACAAUUAACUAAUGAAUCGCACAAUUUGCUGUGAUUACUCCUGAUUAAUCACUUUUUUUUAAGACUGAAGCUUGUAAUAAUGGAUAUUUAAAUGUAAAAUUUAGAAUCAACACAAAGGAAUUAUACUUAAAUUAAAUGACUAUUGUUUAAUAGCAUCUUUUUAACUUUGAAGACAGAUUCUCUCCUGUGAACUACAGAUUUCCAAUAAAACUAUCGAGGCCAUCAAAAUUCACUGUCAGCUUGAAAGGCAUUUUUGUUAUAUGUGUAGCACGUAAAGUGUGAAGAGACUUUUAUUUUGAAAUGGGGAUUGCGCUGAAGGAGAGGGUGGAGAUGCG